AUGGCUGGAACACACGCGGGCCGCGGCAGCCCUGCCGGCAGCUUCGACGGCAAUGCCGAUGAAGCUGGGGGCGGCGCGCCUCUCUACGGCUGGUCUCCUGGUCGGCUGGCCUCGUUCGCGGCGGAAGAUGGCGAUUCUGCCCGCGAAAAAAACAACAAGAAGAUGCCGACUUCGGUCGGCACUGGUGAGCCUGCCGAUUCUGCAGGCCAUCAUCAUUAUCGUCACUCGGCGGGAAAUCAAAACCCGCGAGUUCCGUCGGACCGGGCGAUUGAAACCGCCAAGGUCUCGAUGCCUCCUCGGUCGGCCUCCAGGUCGACCACUCAGCCAACGACUGCGCCGAUUCGGCAGCCAUCGGGGCCUACCUCGGCAGCCACCUCGGUUGCGCCGCUUGCUCCUGCUUUCUCUGUCGCUCCCGGUCUCUCUCGUUCCGCCUACCCAGGCCCCAGAGUUGCGCCGUCGCAGCGUCAGUCGGGCCAGCCCACUCUCACCGGGGCUGCCGCUCCUCUCCCUUCCUCUGCUGCUGCGGGCGGUCUUCCCUCUCAGAUCGAGAGUCGCAUUGCCAUGGCUGGAUCGACGAUGGAUUCCGUCGCCAACGCAAUGAGAGCCAUGAGCCUCAAAGCGGCGGAUGAAGGCCUUCUUCCGGCCCAAAAGAAUCACCGAGACCAGACGUGCAAGCUGCAGGCGCGCAUCUGGGGGCUUCGCCAGGGCAUGUACCGCCAGCCGGCGGUGCCGACCGACUUCCUCGCCUCUUUCGACUACGAUCUCCAGGAACUCGUCGGCAACACCGUCAAGAUGGACCAGGCAGUCGACACGCUGGCGGCCGAGCUCAAGAACGCGCUGGCCGACCUGGACCGCGUCCGCGAGCUCGAGGCCACCAUUCAAGACCUGCGGCGCGAGGUAGAGGCGUGGAAGCAGCGCCACGCGGAGUGUAAACACGCGGCUACAACCAUGGCGGCACGGAACGAGGAAGACAUCAGGCGCAUCAAGCACCUCACGGAGCAGCUCCGCCAGAGCGAAUCCGCCAGAACGAUCCUCCAGCAGCAGGUGAACAACAAGCGCAAUCUGUGGCUGACACUACACGACGACCCCGACGAGCGAGCCGCCGCUCUCUCCAGCCUCACGCGCUCUGCCACGCCGCUCAGCGGCCAGACCCUCGCCGCGCCUCCGGGCCAGGGCUACAUGCCGAGCAUGAUGGGAUCGCGCCCUGGCAGUGCGGGCACGUUUUCCAGCGGCUUUCGCUCCGGCGGCAGCAGUGACCGCUCGGGCAGCAUUGCUCACCAGGGCUCCCGCGGCAGCCUUCACGGCGGCAACUUCCACUUCGGCGUCGCCCAGCCGUUCCAAGGGAUCCCGUCCUCCAGGUCUGCAUCGGCGGCGGCCUUCCACGGCCCGUCCCAGCCUUGGCGCCGGCCGUCGACGGCGACGCCAAUCACCGGCAGUGACCUCUCGAGCAUGGGUCCUGCCGGCGGUGCUGCUCCUUUGUCUCGUCCUCCGUCGGGCCUUCAUCGGGGGGCCCGGGUUCCCGCCACAGAGGAGACGGGCAGCCCCAAGGAACGCAAGCGCACCGUCCCCGUCUCGCUCGUGCGGGCCGACCCCAAGGACACCGAGAGCAUCGCGUGGGCCGAAGAGUUUGAGGGCUUCUUCGCGCUCGUCUACGGCUUCUGCUCGUCCUACUUCUACGACCUGCCGCAGAUGGCGCCCGACUGGAAGGCGCACAUCAUGUCCGAAGCCGACGGCGGCCUCUGGGACUACAUCUGCGGCAUCUGCCAGACGAACCAGGACCAGACGCCCGGCGACCACGCGCUGCGGCUGCUCCAGGACCCGGAGUCGCGCACGUACCUGCUGCAGCGGCUCCUCCUGCAGCACAUCGUCCUCAGCAUCUUCACCUACGAGGGCUGGAAGGACUACUCGGACGACAUUGACGACGAGAUGGAGCGGCUCGAGAAGGACCUCGCGGCCGUCAAGCCGACCAAGUCCCACGAGCGCCAGGCGAUCCUCGACCGGCGCGCGCGCCUGGUGGCCGAGAUGAGCGAGGGCAGCAACGCGGCGGCGUUCAAGAACUACAAGGUAACGCAGCACCACCAGCAGCUCAAGAGCAUGAUGGCGCCCUUCCUGCCGCGGCGCACCGGCAAGAACCACAACAUCACCAACGAGGCCUUCUUCGACCUGUACACCAUCACCACCACGGCCUGGGAGCUGUCGGCCAAGCUGUUCCGCUCGCGCCUGACCUUCCAGUGGACGUGGACCGACGUGGGCGUGCUCUUCACCGCCGACACGCAGGAGCCCGUCGACUGCCCCGUCGACCGCCUCCUGCUGCAGCACGAGCGCUGGCGCGUCAAGCUGUGCGCCACCCCGGCCGUCACCCUGCGCAACGACCAGGGCAUGACCAUCACCAUCAAGAACAUCCUCAAGGCAGGCGUGCUCCUCAUGCGCUAG